UCCGUUUCCGGUCAUGAACAUGUCUAGGUCCAUAACAUUUGUUACUGGAAACAUAAAGAAGCUUGAAGAAGUGAGACAAAUUCUUGGGACAUCUUUCCCUUAUAAGGUGAUCAAUGAGAAGAUAGAUCUACCAGAAUACCAGGGAGAACCUGAUGAUGUCUCCAUUGCUAAAUGUAAAUCCGCUGCAGAGAUUGUAAAAGGACCAGUGGUAGUAGAAGACACAUGCCUGUGUUUCAAUGCACUGGGAGGUCUACCUGGUCCAUACAUCAAGUGGUUUCUUGAUAAAUUGAAACCUAAAGGACUCCACCAAAUGCUUGAGGGAUUUGAGGACAAGUCUGCAUAUGCUCUCUGUACAUUUGCAUAUCACUCAGGAAACAAAGAUGACUCUGUACAGUUAUUCAGAGGAAAAACCGAUGGAAAAAUUGUCAUUCCAAGGGGCCCAACUGAUUUUGGUUGGGACCCCUGCUUCCAGCCUGAUGGCUUUGAAGACACAUAUGCUGAAAUGGAAAAGGAAACCAAAAAUUCAAUAUCUCAUCGAGGGAAGGCACUUAGAGAGAUGAGGGACUAUUUCGUAGGUUUGAAAUGAUGAGAUUUGCUGUAACCCUAAUGAAUACUCAAUUACUUUAAUGAGCAUCAGUGCUUAUCUUCUAAUACCAAGAAACUGAACUUGGUAGAAACACCUUGAAUAAAUGUAGAAAGAUAGAUAAACAUUCAGUUAUUUUUAGAUUGCCAGAUUUAUAUUUUCUUUAUGACCAAGCAUAAAACAAUAAAAGUUAUUGACUUAUUUUACACUUUGUACAAUUUUAUAAAACAUCAGUGUCUGUC